AUGUCCAGACAAAAUUGGGGCAUGACAUUGACAUUUGGACAUGAUGUAGUGCUGCCUGCCGAGAUAAACUUACAAUUAGUUAGAAUCCAAAGGCAAAGUGACAUCACAUCCAACCAUUACUGGAGCAUGAUGGUGGACGAUUUGGUCGACUUGGACGAAGAAAGGUUAGUUUCCCUAAACGUUCUUAUUAGACAAAAGAAGCGAGUGGCUAAGGCUUACAAUAAAAAGGUUAAGUCAAAGGUCUUUACAGCCGAUGGCUAUAUCUGGAAGGUAAUAUUACCUACGGAUCGAAGGGAUAAAGCCUUAGGGAAGUGGUCACCAAACUGGGAAGGACCAUUUAGAAUUAGCCAAGUGUUUUCAAAUAAUGCUUAUGAGAUUGAGGAAUUAAGUCCUGAUAGUCGAAUAUUGAGAGUAAAUGGUAAAUACUUGAAGAAGUAUAAGCCUAAGCUGCAAGAAGUCAGAAUAUCAAGAGGAAAAUAA